AUGAGAUAUGACAGGACCAAAGACCCUCAGGAACACCUCACCGCUUUUGAGGCAAGAAUGAAUUUGGAAGGGGUAGGCGACGCAGUGAGAUGCCGGGCAUUCCCUGUAACGCUAGCCGGCCCAGCGAUCCGGUGGUUUAACGCCCUCCCGCAAGAGUCCAUCACGACUUUCGCAGAUGUCUCCCAAAGCUUCCUGGCCCGAUUCACAACACGCAUAGCUAAGGCGAAACACCCGAUCAACCUGCUAGGGGUUACCCAGAAACCUGGGGAACCGACCAGGAAGUUCCUGGACAGGUUCAAUGACGAAUGCUUGGAAAUCGACGGCCUCACAGACUCAGUCGCCAGCCUCUACCUAACAAACGGCUUGCUAAAUGAGGAUUUUAGGAAACACCUCACGACCAAGCCUGUGUGGACCAUGCAGGAAAUUCAAAGCGUGGCCAAGGAAUACAUCAAUGACGAGGAAGUGAGUCAGGUCGUAGCAGCCAACAAACAGUCGCCCCCUAACCCACCACUUCGGCAGACCCCCCAGGUCGACAGAUAUAAGGAGUCCCCCAGGGACGGAACUUCAACCAAACAGCACAAGCAACCUCCACGAGUGGGAAGGUUCACAAACUACACUCCACUUACGGCGCCCAUAGUAGAAGUCUACCAACAAAUUGCAGACAAAGGAAUCCUAUCCAGACCUAGACCCUUGAAAGAGAGAACGGGAGGCAACAAAAACCUUUAUUGCGACUACCACAAGGGGUUUGGUCACAAAAGACAAGACUGCUUCGACCUCAGGGAUGCCUUGGAACAAGCCAUCAGAGAAGGAAAACUGAGCGAAUUCUCCCAGCUCAUCAGGGAGCCGUGGAGGCGGAAAAGAGAGCGCUCCGAGCAAGAUCGGAGCCGAGCUGUGAAGCCAAGGCAAGAGCCCCCAGGGGAUGCCACUAACCCCCCAACUUUUGUGGUCAACAUUGUAGUCGGACGAUACAGUCCCCCAAGUCCAAGUCGGCAACAAGAAGGGACACCCGGGUACUCUCCAUAUCAACAGAUGGCCUCGCCACCAACAAAAAGCACCCCACAAUAUCCUUUGGCCCAGAGGAUAAAUGGUUCAAUGAUCUCCCUGAAAACCCCCCAAUGGUAG